AUGUUUGCCGCCAGUUUCUUGUCGGCGACGAGAGAUUUGAAUGUCGCUCUCGCCUUCUCGGGAGCAGGAGCCUACGAAGCAGACUCGUCCGUACAGUCAGUUCUAUUCGAUAUUAACUGCAAUGUGUUGGAACCACAGAUCGGCGUCGCCGAUAUUGGUCAUCUUAGCUACAAUGUGGACGAGCGCGAAAUUCUUUUCGCUCCUCUCCACAUCCUCACAGCGAACAGUGUCGACUAUGAUGAGCAGGAACGUGUAUGGCGCGUUCAAUGUUCAGUCAAUGGGGAGCCGGAUGGUAUACGCAUCGAUUUAGAUCAGCGUCUGAUGGAGCUCGAACUAUCUCUGCGCUUCUUGAAGUCUCAAUCUGUCGAAACAGGUGCUGAUAUAGAGCACAAUCCAAGAGCAGAAGUUGACGAGGAAUCCGCAACGUUUUGUGCUGGUGUUGCAUGCAUACUUCGUGAGCUUAACUUCCCAAAAAAAUCAUACGUCACACUCGAUUUAAAUUUGAACAGAUCCAGUAUUCCGCUGUUCGAAUUGAACGAACUUCGAACAUUUGACGAAGUCUGUUUUCUUCGACACAAACCACAAAUCCAUGCUAAGAUAAUAGCGAUACUAUAUGAUUGCUUAGGGACAAUAUUUAAGUGCAAAGGUCGCUUUCAAUUGGCUCUAGACUACUACUCAAAAGCAGCCACUCUUGACGAAGAGGAUUUACGCAUGGCACUUACGCGGAAGCUUGAAGUUCGCAAAGGUUAUGAAGAUCUUCGUUAUCGUGCAACAAAUAGCAACGGACCACCAGCCAAUAUCGUUACAAAUUCAUUCGGUGCACUUUCCACUCUUGCACAAGCGCAAUUACCCUCCAAACAUAAUCUAAAACGUUUAGUUAAGCACCAUCGUGCCGAUAAUGAUUAUCCACCAAUACCGAACGACUUGAGUUUUUCCACGAUACCGCUCUCAUUGUGUGUCACAACCAAGAACGAUAUUUUUU